AUGGAUGCAGCAUUGAUAGCAAACGAAUGUGUAGACAGAAGAACCAGAGGAGAUGUGGCUGGUCUAAUGUACAAAUUAGACAUUGAAAAAGCUUUUGAUCAUGUCAACUGGAACUAUCUCCUAAAUCUCCUCAAACAAAUGGAUUUUGGAAAUAGAUGGCUGAAGGGUCUUAGACAAGGAGACCCCCUCUCCCCUUUUCUCUUUAUCCUAGCCAUGGAAGGACUCAGCAGUAUGGUUAGAACAGCUCUACAAAAGAACUGGAUAAGGGGUUUCAAGCUUAACAGCCAUGGUAUGGGUGAUUUGGAAGUAAACUGGAGGAAAAGCAAUUUAUUUCCCAUCAAAGAUGUAAACCACAUGCAAACUCUGGCUGACAUCUUAGGCUGUGGGGUGGACAAACUCCCAACUGUUUACCUUGGCAUGCCCCUUGGUAACAAACAUGAUGAUCUGAAGAUUUGGGAUAACAUCAUAGAGAAGACAGAGAAAAAAUUAUCUCAAUGGAAUACAUAUCACUUGGAGGAAGAGUCAUUCUUAUAA